UUUUUAGGGAACAGUAAGAGAAAGUUAGGACUGGUAACCCAGUGCUUUUAUUUAGAAUCAGAGGAGGACUUUGAUAGAGUCAGGAACUAAACUAGAUCCAGAAUUUUUCAGGAGUAGCACCGUCGAAAGUAACUCGCUCCACGUACAAUUUAUAGCAAGUAAGUAGCAUCCUUGAGUUCGCAUCGUCGAAAGUAACUCGCUUGAUUUUUUAACACAGUGACGGUAGCAAGGUAUCGACUCAUCCGAAACAUUUUCGACCAGGCCAGUCAACUUUUCAAAAGAACAAGAAGGGUCUUAAAUAUAGGAUUCACUAGAUGUGGUUUUGAAGCGUUUUGAAGCGUUUGUGGUUUAUUUCUUUUUGGCUCUUCAGUAGCCACUGAAGAAAAGUUGAGACCAUAGCGAUGAAGUGAAUUAAACGUGGGAUAAACGCAUGUAGCAGUACAGUCAUACGGGUAGAACACAAGGAGCUACGAGACAGGAGCGGAUACCUUGAGGAUUGCGCGAUAAGGUAGUAAUACGACUAAGGUGCAAGACGCAUGAAAGACAAGGACAAAGUUAGUGAGCGCACUGGAAAAAAAAAAAAGGGCGAGAGAAAACCAAAAGAUAUGUUCCAUUUCCUCUAGGAUAUUGUCUAUUAUCUCUGAAUUGAAUUGAGUCGAAUCUUCUUGAACAAGAAAAAAUAAACGGAUUGGGAUGGACUGAAUUGAAUCAGCGCAUCAACUGGAUUCAACUGGAUUGAACAUGCAUUACACGGAAAAUGUGUCUCAGAUGAGUAGGAAUAGAGACAUGCAACCGCAGCGCCCUCUUGUACAGCGGCUCACUAGCACGAUGUGCGUGUGGAUAUGUGGCAGCCACUAUCUGUACGAACCGAAGCGGGCAAGGCAUAGCGCAAGUGUAAUUCCGCUCUACGAAUGGGCGCAUGUCUGGGCAAGAGUAGUGCGGAAAUGUGUAUCGACGGUAUGGCAUGAGUUUCAAGGAAUGGCAGUUGAUAACUUCCUUAAAUGUCAAGCAUAUGACCUCAGUAGCGCAAUAUGGAUUUUACUCUUCAACCUAUUCUGCGAGAUGGAGGCCCGUAUGAUGACACGGGAUUUUUGGCGGAAAAUGAUGAGUGGAGCAGGUCAACGCUUCGUGACAUCACGUACAAGGGAAUGCCGCUGGGGAGUUGACAUGUACGUGGACGAUACGACCAGCAUAACGCUUUCCCCUUGGACCAUCUUUAUCGCGCGGCAGGUAUUGCAGAGCAUACUUCAAGCGGUUAGAAGCAACUAUCGUUCUUUGAUCGCGAGGAGAGCUCCUUAGGAGAGGAUGUGAGAGCCCGCGCAUGGACGAGCCGGGACAGACCGGACUAGCACGUACGACGCUUCGAUGGAAGGCCGUUUUCUUUUUUGUGGCUCUCGUCGGAUACCUCCAGGAAUCCGAUGAAUUGAAGUGAACUGAGAACUGAAUUGAAUUGAAAGUCCAACGACUGAAGCUGGAUCCAUAUUUCCGAGAUAAGUUCCAAUGCCAUAGAAAUUGAGCGUCGACGACUAAAAGAUGUCGACUUGCAUUGCAAUGCUGUUUGUGUGACCGUGAUUAGGGUGUGCGCGUUGCGAUGCUGUUCUAUAAUAAAGGGACCCCAAAAUAGGAAUCAUGUUGCGGUGGAGGAAAGACAACAAAG